AUGGAUGAUAUUAUGUGGCUUCGAUUUCUUAUGAUGGUUUCCAUCUUUGCAGUUUUAUGCAAUGGUUAUGAAGACAGGUACUCUUGUGAUUUUAACGGUCGCUGGUGUAUGUGGUAUCCUAAAAACCUGACCGAUACUUGCAACUGGAAAUUAAACGACGGACAAUAUCAAGGAAAGCAAGGAUACGUUGUUUUAGAUGGUGCCAAUAACUGCUACGCCCAACUUAGAUGGGCAUUUCUCUGGUUUCCUGUUAAUCCCAAAAUGAUUACAUUUGAAUAUUAUGUAACGGGACCAGGACCAUAUUCAUUGAAUGUUACGUCUGAAAAAAGCUAUAAACCAGAAUGGACUUGUCAAAUUCAACCAGGAGAUCAAAAGAGAGUGGGUCGUGCGGCCCCCAUGCGAGUAUCGAAAAAUGUUACCUCCACCAUGGCUCACCUUUCUUCUUGCUCAAUCACUUCUGCUGCUUCUAUGGCCAACGAUGUCUCUCUGUCUAUCGGCCCAUAUGAUGCCCAAUAUGAAAGGGGACCUGUCUACGAAGUUCCAGUAAUUCUGCGUUGUGUUUCCCCAUUCGUUACUUCGACAUUUUCCCACUAG